UUGCGGCCACAUCAGUAUCUACCCUUGGACAUUGUGCCAUCCGAAUGCAGAUCGAACCAUCUUGGACUACAAUCCAUUUACAAGCAAGACAACAGUAGCAUAGCAGAGGCCUUCUGGUUUCUAUAUGUACUGCUGCUACUGCUAACACAACAAUCAGAUAGUGCCAUACUCCAAACUCGAUCCACUGCAAUCCAAUCCUGGAGCAAUGUCGAUGGAGAAGAGGGCCAGGAGGAAUGGCUCUCUGGUGGCCGAGGGGAAGCAGAGGGCGGCCGGUGGAUACUUCACGGCGGAGCUGGCCGUGCUGUUCCUCUGCCUGACGGCGCUGCUGGUGUUCCUGCCGCUCGUCCUGCCGCCGCUCCCGCCGCCGCCCUGGCUGCUGCUGCUGGUCCCCGUGGGGCUUAUGGCCGUCCUCAUCGCGCUGGCCUUCCUGCCGUCCGACGGCCGGAGCAGCAUCGAUCGCCUCGUCGUGCCCGUGUGAAUACUCAAUACGUAUGAGCUUAAGAGGGUGGUCGUUGCCGCUAGGAUUUAGGAAGGGGGCAAUUGCUCUGUUUUUGUUAAAUUAGCGUGUAUAGUACUAGUACUAGGUACCUUGGGACUUCAUCAUCCAUGACCAUGAAAAGGAAUCAACAAAGCGUUAAA